AUGGUGCCGAAAUCAUUUGAUUUCACGCGUGAACUGCCACCCCUUUCCUUUUCUCCCAAAUACACACCAUCAGUGGCAGUAGCAGGAGGAGCAGGAGUAGUAGCAUCAUCAUCAUCUCCAGCAUCAUUCUUAUUCUACCAGCUAUCGCUUCCACUUCGUCAAAAUCUAAUUACAUUAGUAGCUGCAGCAACUGCACAGGCUGUGGUUACUUCGAUAACAGCAGCCUGUCGGCGUGGUGUCCAAUCGAUGUCUUAUGUUGCUUUUACAGCUGAACAUGACCAAAACGUAAUGCCGUGCAAUCGAGGUGAAUAUUUUAUCUAA